AUGCAGGGAUCCGCCGGAAUUUUCAAAGGUUUCAGGACGUUGACGAGCACCAAGAAGCACGCCUACGGUCAAGCCUUCCACGACAAGAUACUCCAUUUCAAGAAUUCCAAUGGUACAAUGGCUUCUUUCUCCGUCACCUUCUUAUUUGCUAUUGCCCCUGAGGAUAAGCACAAAGGCUCUCACGGUAUGGCCUUCGUGAUCUCUCCUACGCGAGGCAUCACUGAUGCAUCCGCCGAUCAGUACCUUGGAAUCUUCAACGAGACAAACAACGGGAACAGCUCGAAUCAUAUCUUCGCUGUGGAGCUGGAUAUACAUAAAGAUGAUGAGUUUGGUGACAUUGAUGAUAACCAUGUUGGUAUCAACAUAAAUGGAAUGAGGUCAGUUAUAUCAGCUCCUGCUGGUUAUUAUGAUCAAGAGGGUCAAUUCAGAAACAUUUCUUUGAAAAGUGGAAAUCUACUCCGCAUCACGAUCUUGUAUAGCCACAAGGAGAAACGGAUUAAUGUCACCUUAUCAUCUCCAGAGGAGGAUUAUUAUCCGGAGAAGCCGCUUCUUUCUCUAAACCAAGAUCUGUCACCUUAUCUCUUGGAGAAAAUGUACGUGGGAUUCUCAGCCUCGACGGGAUCGUUUGGAGCAAUGCAUUACAUGUGGAUUUGGUAUAUCUAUGGCUACAUUACUGUUCCAAACAUAGACUUAGGGAUACCAACGUUUCCUCCAUAUCCCAAGGCAAAAUCUCUAGUAAACCGGAUUGUUUGGGCGACCGGUUUGGCAUUGGCUCUCUUUGUUGCGAUGGUUGCGUCAGCUUUAAGUAUUUUCUUUUAUAGGAGACAUGAAAUGGUUAAGGAGAUUCUAGAGGAAUGGGAGAUUCAGUGUGGACCUCAUAGGUUUGCUUACAAAGAACUCUUUAAAGCCACCAAAGGUUUCAAACAACUUCUAGGCAAAGGAGGUUUUGGUCAAGUCUUUAAAGGCACACUUCCGGGUUCCAACGCUGAGAUUGCCGUUAAGCAGAUUUCUCAAGGUUCAAGACAAGGAAUGCAAGAGUUCUUGGCUGAGAUAACGACAAUUGGUCGGCUUAGACAUCCAAACCUGGUGAGGCUUCAAGGUUAUUGUCGGUACAAGAAGGAACUCUACUUGGUUUAUGACUAUAUGCCUAAUGGAAGUCUUGACAAGUACCUCUACCGCAGAGCGAAGCAAGAUCAACUCACUUGGGAUCAGAGUUUCAAGAUCAUCAAAGAUGUAGCCUCUGCACUCUUCUAUCUUCACCACGAGUGGGUACAAGUUGUAAUUCAUCGAGACAUCAAGCCGGCAAAUGUUUUGAUUGACCACCAGAUGAAUGCAAGGCUUGGAGAUUUUGGGUUGGCUAAGUUGUAUGAUCAAGGUUUUGAUCCUCAACCAACUAAAGUAGCUGGAACGUUUGGUCUCUUGCGGUAG